GCCACGCAGCCGGGGGAGCAGCCCUGGCGGUCGUGGUCCUGGCUUUGGCCCUGGGCCUGUCGGGGCGCUGGGCGUUGACGUGGUACCGUGCGCGGCGCGCGGUCACGCUGCAUUCUGCGCCCCCUGCGCUGCCCCCUAACUCCUCCAGUCCGGCCGUGGCCCCGGACCUCUUCUGGGGCACCUAUCGCCCUCACGUCUACUUCGGCAUGAAGACUCGCAGCCCGCAGCCCCUCCUCACCGGACUGAUGUGGGCGCAGCAGGGUGCCACCCCAGGGACCCCUAAGCUCAGGCACACGUGUGAGCAGGGGGACGGAGUGGGACCCUAUGGCUGGGAGUUCCACGACGGUCUCUCCUUCGGGCGGCAGCACAUCCAAGACGGGGCCUUAAGGCUCACCACUGAGUUCGUCAAGAGACCUGGGGGUCAGCACGGAGGGGACUGGAGCUGGAGAGUGACUGUAGCGCCUCAGGCUUCAGGUACCUCUGCCCUCCCUCUGGUCUCCCUGUUCUUCUAUGUGGUGACAGAUGGCAAGGAAGUCCUAUUGCCAGAGGUCGGGACCAAGGGGCAAUUGAAAUCCAUCAGUGGGCACACCAGUGAGCUUGGUGACUUCCGCCUCACACUUCUGCCACCAACCAGCCCAGGGGACAGCGCCUCCAAGUACAGCAGCUACAAUGUCUUCUGGUCUUCUAACCCGGGACUGCCCUUGCUGACAGAGAUGGUGAAGAGUCGCCUAAAUAGCUGGUUUCAGCAUCGGCCCCCAGGAGCCUCCCCUGAACGCUAUCUUGGCUUGCCAGGAUCUCUGAAAUGGGAGGAGAGACGCCCAAGUGGGCAAGGGCAGGGACAAGGGCAAUUCUUGAUACAGCAGGUGACACUGAAAGCCCCCUUUUCCGUGGAGCUGGUGUUUGAAUCUGGCAGUGCCCGUGCAGGAGAAGACCAAGCCCUGGAGCGGCUGGCCGGCAGCCUUCUGACCCAGGCCCUGGAGAACCAUGCUGAAGCCUUCAGAGAGCGCUUUGAGAAGAUCUUCCAGCUGAAGAAGAAGGGGCUGAGCCCUGGGGAGCAGGCUUUGGGUCAGGCUGCCCUCAGUGGCCUUCUUGGUGGGAUUGGCUACUUCUAUGGACAGGGUCUGGUGCUGCCAGACAUGGGGGUGGAAGGGUCUGAGCAGAAGGUGGACCCAGCUCUCUUUCCACCCGUCCCUCUUUUCACAGCAGUGCCCUCCCGGUCAUUCUUUCCACGAGGCUUCCUUUGGGAUGAGGGCUUUCACCAGCUGGUUGUCCAGCGCUGGGAUCCCCGCCUCACCCGAGAGGCCCUUGGUCACUGGCUGGGGCUGCUCAAUGCUGAUGGCUGGAUUGGGCGGGAGCAAGUCCUGGGAGAUGAAGCCCGAGCCCGGGUGCCUCCAGAAUUCCUGGUGCAACGGGCAGCCCAUGCCAACCCCCCAACUCUGCUUUUACCAGUAGCCCACAUGCUAGAGCAUGGUGACCCUGCUGACUUGGCCUUCCUCCACAGGGCCUUUCCCCGCCUGCAUGCCUGGUUCUCCUGGCUCCAUCAGAGUCAGGCGGGGCCAGUGCCACUAUCCUACCGUUGGCGGGGCCGAGACCCAGCCUUGCCAACCCUACUGAACCCGAAGACACUACCCUCAGGGCUAGAUGACUACCCCCGGGCCUCACAUCCUUCAGCCAAUGAGCGGCACCUGGACCUUCGAUGCUGGGUGGCACUGGGUGCCCGGGUGUUGACGCGGUUGGCAGAGCACCUGGGGGAGACUGAGGCAGCUGCUUCUCUGAGACCACUAGCUGCCUCCCUGGAGGCAGAGGAGAGCCUGGAUGAGUUGCACUGGGCCCCAGAGCUAGGGGUCUUUGCAGACUUUGGGAACCACACAAAAGCAGUACAGCUGAAGCCUAAGCCGCCUCAGGGGCUGAUUCGGGUGGUAGGGCGGCCCCAGCCUCACUUGCAAUAUGUGGAUGCUCUGGGCUAUGUCAGCCUUUUCCCUUUGCUGCUGCGGCUGCUGGAACCCAAUUCACCCCACAUCGGGCCCCUGCUGGACAUAAUAGCAGACAGCCGCCAUCUCUGGAGCCCCUUUGGCUUACGUUCCCUUGCAGCCUCCAGCCCCUUUUAUGGCCAGCGCAAUUCGGAGCAUGAUCCUCCCUACUGGAGGGGUGCUGUAUGGCUCAAUGUCAACUACCUGGCCCUGGGAGCACUCCACCACUAUGGGCACCUGGAGGGUCCUCACCAGGCCAGGGCUGCCAAACUCCACAGAGAGCUCCGUGCCAAUGUGGUAGGCAAUGUGUGGCGGCAAUACCAGGCCACUGGCUUCCUGUGGGAGCAAUAUAGUGACCGGGAUGGGCACGGCAUGGGCUGCCGCCCUUUCCAGGGCUGGACCAGCCUUGUCCUACUGGUCAUGGCUGAAGACUAUUGAAAGGGGGAGGGGAGCCAGGCCACUCAUGCCACUCUGAACCAGAAGGGACAAGGUUUCCGACUUCUGCCCCAAGCCCUCGGCCGCCAGUGAUUCAGACCUUCCUCAGUUCAACUCAGGUUGUCUUCUGUCAUCCCACACAGUCCAGGGGUGAAAGUGAAUUCAGAAUCUAUUUUUCUAAAUAAAUUGGGAAAAAAAAAAUACCAAA